CCCCGGCCGCCGCCGCCGGAGCCGCCGCACCGGAGAGCCGCCGCCGCCGGAGGAUGCGCCGCACAACAGUGUUCUAAGAACGGAGGCAUCUAGGCUGAAUGGAAUUCAGCAUCAAAAAAAGUCCUCUUUCUGUUCCGAAGGUUGUAAAGUACGUGAAGAUGAAGCAGGCACCGGAGAUCCUUGGCAACACGAACGGAAAGACUCCGAGCUGUGAAGUGAGUCGUGAGUGCUCCGUGUUUCUGAGCAAAGCCCAGCUCUCCGCCGGUCUGCAGGAGGGAGUUGUGCAGAAGUUCAACGGCCACGACGCUCUUCCUUUUAUCCCAGCCGAGAGGCUGAAAGACCUCACCUCCCGCGUCUUUAAUGGAGACCCCGGUGCUCAUGAUGCCACAUUGCGUUUGGAGUCCCAGGAAAUGAAGGGACUUGGGACACCACCUGACACUACCCCUGUCAAAAAUGGCUCUCCAGAGAUCAAGCUGAAAAUCACCAAAACAUACAUGAACGGGAAACCUCUCUUUGAGUCCUCCAUAUGUGGCGAUGGUGCUGCCACCGUGUCCCAGUCGGAAGACGGUGGACAGAGACCAGCGAGCAAAGCGCGGCGGACCAGGAAGAGGAGCGCGAAGCUGCUGCUGGGGCGGGGCCUCGCCGAGGCGGCCCUGGCGUCCCGGGCCUCGAGCCCCUCGGCCGAAAAGAUUCCAGCUAAGAAAGAAUCCUGUCCAAAUAGCAGCAGAGACAAAGACCAGCUGUUGAAGUACAACGUCGGGGAUUUGGUGUGGUCCAAGGUGUCCGGUUACCCCUGGUGGCCAUGCAUGGUCUCCGACGAUCCGCUCCUGCACAGCUACACCAAACUGAAAGGUCAGAAAAAGAGUGCACGCCAGUAUCACGUACAGUUCUUUGGUGAUGCCCCAGAAAGAGCUUGGAUAUUUGAGAAGAGCCUUGUAGCUUUUGAAGGAGAAGGACAGUUUGCAAACUUAUGCCAGGAAAGUGCCAAGCAGGCACCCACGAAAGCUGAGAAAAUUAAGCUGUUGAAACCUAUUUCAGGGAAAUUGAGGGCCCAGUGGGCAAUGGGCAUCGUUCAGGCAGAAGCAGCUGCAAGCAUGUCCGUAGAGGAGAGGAAAGCCAAGUUCACCUUCCUUUACGUGGGGGACCAGCUCCAUCUCAACCCCCACGUGGCCAAGGAGGCAGGCGUUGCUGUGGAGUCUCUGGGAGAAAUGGUAGGGUCCUCAGGAGUCAGGGAAGAAGCUGCUGACAGCCCGAAGUCCACGAGGGAAGAGGGCGUUCCUGUCAAGAGGAGGCGGAGAGCCCAGCUGUCCUGCUCUGCUGAGAACCAAGACAGUGACCCGGGGACAGGAAAAAACACUCCUCAAAAGAUGGCAGAGGCCGAGCCCAAGCGAGGAGUGGGGUCUCCUCCAGGGAGGAAGAAGGCCAUGGCCUCCACUCCGAGAAGCAGGAAGGGCGAUGCGGCGUCCCAGUUUCUGGUCUUCUGUCAAAAGCACAGGGACGAGGUUGUCGCUGAGCACCCGGACGCCUCUGCCGAGGAGAUUGAAGAGCUGCUUGGAUCCCAGUGGAAUAUGCUCAACGAGAAACAGAAAGCACGCUAUCACACCAAGUUUGCCCUCGUGGCCCCGUCCCCGUCUGAAGAAGACUCUGGUAACUUAAACGGGAAAAAAAGAAACCACACGAAGAGGACACAGGACCCUAUAGAAGAUGCUGAAGUUGAGGACGCUCCCAGGAAGAGACUCAGGACCGACAGGCACAGUCUUCGGAAGAGAGAGACGUUCACAGACAAAACAUCCCGCACAGGCUCUUGCAAGGCCAUCGAGGCAGCCUCCUCGCUCAAGAGCCAGGCAGCCACAAAACAUCUGUCUGACGCCUGCAAACCCCUGAAGAAGCGGCACCGGGCCCCCGCAGCGGCGUCUGCGUCGCUCGCCUUCAGCAAAAGCUCCUCUCCUUCCGCGUCCUUAACUGAGAACGAGCUUUUAUGGGAGCCCACACCAGCCAAGUUGGAUUUGAACUCAGCUGCUCUGUACUGCACUUAAAAUGAUGUAAUUUUCCAAGAUGUCUGCUGCAGGCGGCGUGUCAUCGUGCACACUCAGUGGCAUUCCUUUCACAAUCAGUUAUGGAAGAUGUGUGAUAAUCUGUUUUUACUGGUAUUAAUAACACAUACAAUGAAGAAAACAGAUAACAAAUUUUAAGACCAAGGUAAGAUACCUAAUCAAGGCCAUUUAACCAAUCACAUUCAUCUCAUAACAGAAACACAUUCAUAUUCCAGUGGUCAAUGUAGAUUUCAAGUUGAAAGGAUGCCCUCGAUCAGGGGCUGUCCUGGGCGUGUGACAAGGACAGCACACUGAAGAGGUUCAUCCUGUUAGAGGUCGUUUUUCUCCUCUAGUUCAUAACUUAACUGAAUUUUUAUUGAAAAAAAUGUCAGCACCUGUACCUUCAAAAAUGAACAAACAGCACACAUUAAAAAGAGUCCUCGUUGACUGUUCUCAUUGCUAAUGGAAUGUAUUCAAUCCUGUAGAUAGUGAACUAAUUUCCAACAUAAAAGGCAGGAAGACUUUUGAUUCUGUCUUUUUUUACUAAACAGUUUUACUAUGACACUAGCUAUAGUAAAUUUGUAGGAAAAAAAUGUCAUUUACAGUAUCAUUGUGAACCAUUUAACUCUUUUGAUUCAAUAACCCUUAUCCGGGGGGGGGUCCUAUAAUCAGGUUAUUUACACCAACCUCUUCAUUGGUUGCUUUUGUAGAACAUGAGCCAUUAUAUUAAAUGUCUCAAUCUUGGGUGACCACCUGGUGUGCCCCAGGGUGUCCGCAUGUUUGCAUGGUGAGGAAAGGCCUCCGUGCCCUUCAGGUCAUAGAGGCGGGAGGGCUCUUCACGUUACCAGGCCGGUAGCACUCGGUUCAUUCCGAGUGGACUCUUCAGGUGUGUUUUUCCUUUAAUGAGAGUUUCUCACUAAUACUUGUGUUCUAAACCAUUAAGUAGUGUAACGCAUGUAAAACACUUGGGGUGCCUGGCGCCUUGCAAGGACUUAGUGGUUCGCUAUUGUGACAAUAAUGGUUAUAACAAUAAAAAUAAUAAAAUCACCAUCAUUCCAUUUUUAUCCAAAAGUAUAAAUUUUGCUUCGGCAUGAAAAGCAAUCCUCUUGCCUGCACUGUGCGCGUGGGGAUAAAGUAACCCUAGAAGCGGCACACGCCGGGCUUGACUGAUGCUUCCGGGUACAGGACGGUGGCUGGGGGCGCGACUCUGCUCAGACUCCGUGGACACGGGGCCUCCAGGACGGCCUCAGUCACGCUGUCCCUAAGGGACGUGGAGGAGCUCGGGACUGAUGAGGGUUCUCAGAGAACCAGUCACUAAAUUUUAAAAUGUGGAAGAACGGUGGUGUAAAAAUGACCCUAGUUCAAGAAGCCAUUACCCAAAGUAAAGACUCGAGCCUGGAAGGCCUUUGACAGUCAGGAUUAAGAGACUUGUUUGAAAUUAUGGCAUGAUGGAUUUUGAGUUGGUAGCUAGCCAGCGACCGACACGUGAUGGGUGGGUUAGGAGCCAGCAGAGAAAGGGGCGCCUUCCUUUUUGAUGGGGAUGACUCGAUGCUGUGUCCACAGGAGCAGCGUAGACUUAGCCUCAGCUGAGUAAAUAGGGGUGAGUGCAGGAGAGGGGGAGGGGGCGACGCAGUGUGUCUCAGCGCUGGUUGGGGGGGAGCUCAUCCCAAGGCAGGCGGGAAGGUGCCCUGCAGGCAGAGGCAGAUGUAGUCAGCAUUGUUGUGGUCUCGCUGAGGAGUGCUGGUGGGGGGCAGAGUUCCCGAGAGGGCCUGCCCACAGCUUCCCGAAGGAGGGGAGUGGAAGGGGCUCCUGCUUUGAAAGAGCUUAGGGUCAGGCAGUAGUUUGUCUGCAGGAGUACAGAUUCAUUACGCUGCUGUUUAGCGUGGAACGUCUUCAUUUCCUAAGGUCAAAGUAACGCUGAUUCACCCUGGUCUUUGGUCAUUUGAGCUGACAGUUGUUGAGGUGACUGGCUAUAUCAUGCACAGAGUCACUGCCGUGACCGCUCCUUCCACGUGCCACGCUUGGGCCUGGUGGGGAGGUGGCUGCGAGGAGGGCCUCUGGAACAAAACGGGAGGCCACAGGCGGACACUAGUCUGAGUGUACAGAAGCUGAGAUGGUAGCUGUUCCAGAGAUGAAGGUAGCCCGCGGUACCGGAGCGGCCCCCCUGGGCCCGUGCCGUGUUGGGUAGAGCUGCUCCCACUGCCGCCCCGGACUCCUGUCUCCUUGUACACCUUUCCCAGAGUCUUCAGCUGUGGGGGACUCAGGUGGCUGCCUCUCAGCCCUCUCUUCAGCAUCUCGCGCAUUUAUACCUCCCAACUGAAAGUAGCCUCACUGUUUUAAAGAGGAUAUUCCUAAAAACCGACAAGAAACCUAAGUGAAGUUUCACAAGGAAGCAGAGUUUCAGAAACGUAAGGCAAAAGGGUGGCUUUUUGCCGUGUGUGAGUGUGGGAGGGUUAGCCUGCUCCCGGGUGGUCUCUGUGAGGUCCCCGUCCCAGCGUUAGCUGUGCUUGAUGCCGUGGUUUUCAUGGGAAGUCCACGCAGAACCACAGGAACGUUUCAAGUGGAGUGCUCAGGGCCGGGGAGUGGGACGGCGGGGGCGGGGGGGGGGGGGGUUGGCCAUUUCAAGAGGUUGCCGUGGUAGGGGACGGGAGCAGCUGAAUACACCGGAGGAGAGGACAGCAGAAAGGCGAGGUUUGCCGCCCCUCUCGGUCUCCUGGGCCCUGGUCUGCUCCCCCAGGGUUAGGUCUGGGUUGUGUGAGCGUGGCCAGACUGGGGGUGACUCUCAUACCUAUCGAGUCUGUCUUAGAAAUGUUCUAACGAAAAGCCAGACUGUAAAUUAGCAUCCACUUCCGAAAACAUAAAAGGUGCCCAGGUGUGGGCUUAAAAUUAGGGUUCUCCACCAAAAGCCUGGACGUUGGGCCCACUGUGGCAGAUGAAGAGCUGAGAUUUUGUUCAUCAUUUCAGUGUUUUAUAUAAAGGAGCGUCCUCUGUCCAUUUGAUGAGUCCAGUAGAAGGAGCAGUGCUUGCCUGGAGGGUGACUCUUGGCUGGCUUGGGCGAGGCCUCGUGCGGCCCAAGGUGGGCAAGAAGGCACCCCCCCAGCCCCGGCCCAGGAGGGACUCCUGUCUGAAAGGGGAGCUGGGGAGGACAGUCACUGUGACUUCGGCAAGUGUGCCCGAUCCCUUUUCCAUUUGGUUGUUUCUGACUCAGCUCCUUUCUGAAGCUCCUCUGCUCCUUUCAGGUGUUAGUUCACGUUGAAGGUUGUUCUGGUCACAGCUGGUCGUUUGUUUGUGGACGUGUGAGAGCGGCCUUGACUUAGUGUGGAACUAGCAUUUCUGCUUUAAAAUCAAUAGCUUCACCACCUCGGCUUUUAGAAACCUGUGAACAGAAGUAGUAGUUGUUGAGGACUCAGUUUUAUCUUUUAGAUUAUGAAUCUAAAUUACAGUCUUCUGCUGAAAGAACCGAAAUAUCACUAUCUUAUUAGAAAAGGUUUCUCAAAAUGCUCUCAAAUCUAUGAUUGGCUUUCCUUUUUUUUUUUUUUUAAGAAAUAUGCUGACUCUUGUAUAUUUUAGGAUUUUUGGUCAGUGAAAUUGAUUUUCAUCCUUUUAAGUACUGUUUUUGCUGUUUUACCUAGAAUAUUAGAAAUUAGUGCUGAUUUGCUUGCCAGUGAUGGGAAGUUGGGUGUCCUUUGCAGGUAACAAACACAUGCCUUGCAUCCCUCCAUCUUGUUGCUUGUACUGCCAGGGUCAGGGGCCACUCACUUUGGGCAUUUCCACCAGCGAGGACACCCUGGGGGGCCCUCCCGCCUGCUCAGUGUCUGUUCAGGAACCAGACAGGCCUCAUCUUGUGAGAUGCCUUUGUAGCUACCUGGUUACCUGGUAGAUCCAUGGCUACAGUGUUUUCUGGCCUGAAUGUAGGUGUUGGGGUUUUGCAUAUAAUUCUUUGGCAUGUGUUUCGAAGCAUGUGCUAACCGUCUGGGGCAUAUUGCACCUUCCAGAAACGGCUGAGGCUGGGGAGGGCAGCCCGGCCCAUCAGUGGGGGUGGGGUGGGUCGCUCAGCGCUGGCCCCUCCCCAGCUCCCCUCUCUAGCCCACUCUCUGUGGGACAGCCCCCGCUGGGGACACAGUUGGGACAAUGUUGGGUUGAUAGGACAUUUUAGAGACUCAUUUUAUCUGUGACGAGGGCUGGCCUUGCGUCUGGAACAGCAGCCCCACGGCCUGCCUGGUCACCACGUGGUUCUCACUGUCACCUCCUGGGGCUGUCGGCUCUCACAGGAGCUGCCUGGUUAGAAGGUGGGUGUGAGGAUAGUGCCAGGGUGUGUUCCCAUGACUCAGACCUGGACUUUAGGGGCAGCUAGGAAGGGUCGAGCUGUGUCAUCUAGAGGGGUUGCUUUAAUACAGUUCAAUAACUUUUGUUUGAAUUGUAGUAUUUCAGGUGAUGAAUGACUAAUUUACAAAUUACUUUAAUCCCACCCUAAUAUUUCACUGUGAUAUUAACUUGGAAGACCUGUUUGAGAUUAGUCUUUUGACUUUAAGCUCAUUAAAUCUCCUGGGCACAGGAUUCGUAUCAUUUGUCAAUCCAAAAUCCUAUGUGAACACACUUCUAGUUAUCUGUUUCUUCCUUUACAAAAGCGUAACUUAAACAUAAAAGUAAUGUUGGUUUAUAGAAAUAUCUGUUGUUCAAGGUCUGUAAUUGUAUUUUAAAAAUGAUGUAGUGUUCAACUUGUGAAGGGAUGUGUUUUGUUAAAAGAUUUGAACCUCACUGUAACUCUGUCCGAGGCGUAGGGGACUGCUCUCCAGCCCCGGCAGGGAGGGACCUGCCUGGGAUGCGCACGAGUCGCUUCUCGAAGUCGGUUUAAAUGUGUUCACUAGGUUACAUUAUGUUCGUUAAUAAUCAUCCUGAAAAAUCCCUGUAAUGAUCACGGAGACCACAUUCUCUGCCCGUAGAGGAAUGUAUUUCUGAGGCAAACGGGCAGUUCCGUGCUGUCACAUACUGAGUAGAGUAGAGUAUUUUCAGACUGGAGGAAACUGGAAAGUCAGGAGCUAAGCUGCUGGUCGCGCAGCCGCAGGCAUGGCUCUGGCGGAUUCGGGCGCGGCGGGAAGUGCCCGGCAGUCCGCGUCCGUCCACUCAGUCACUGCGUUUUUCUCUUUCCGAAUGCAUCCUAUUGGAUAUGGAAUAGACCGUAGAGGUCGUAGCCUGAGAUUUGGGACUGUGUUGGGACCGUGCAGGUGAAUGUGUCGCUUUCACAAACGCAUCUCCGAGUAAGUACCGGCCCCUGGUGCACGUGGAGGUGGAGCCUGCAGCCGGAGCCAGGUGCCCGCCCGCUCUGCCCUCAGACCCCCGGCCGGCCGCGUGCUAGGGGUCCGCUGAGUCGCGGGGAAGGGGUGCGGUGGGAUGGAAGCUGGACCCUCCCGCGCCCGUCACGGACUGUGCUGUUGUAAGGUCUGAUGCUGUGUGUGUAUCUUAGACCCAUCAGGACAUGCGCCUUGUGUGUGUCGUGAACAUUUAUACUUCCAUUCAAAAUAUGUAUUCAGUGUUUAUUUCCUCAAACCAGACUUUGUUAAUUUAGGAAAUAUCUCCAAGUGGAAACGUGCUCACUUUUUCUGUAAAUCUUAAAUAAAAGGUGCUGUUCCUUCCUUUGA